AUGCCAUUGCACGACGUAUCAAAUGAUCAGUCAAUGAUCAGUUGGCUUCAACAGUCUGGUCAUGGACAUUUGCUUGGUGAUCAACAGGCCAAUGCCACUCCCGCAGCUCCUCCGCCUAAUAACUCAUCAGGAUUAGGAACUUCAUCAGCAACUUAUCCACCACCAACAUCUUCACCACCGCUGAAUUUCGUCGGCGGUAGUGGCGGUUUCAAUCCUACUAGUUCUCCACCGAAUGCCCUUCAUCGAUCAGUAUCCUUUCCUCAAGCAGACCAUCAUUUAACGAAUUUGUUGACUGGCGGCCACAACCCAGCGUCGCCGCCAAUCAUACCUCCAACAGACCACUAUAAUACUUCACCUUACAACCAACAAUCAAGUCCAAUAAACUUCUCUUCAACAUCUCCUACACAUCUAAUUUCGCCCAACGUAAAUCAACAACAACUUGAUACUGAUAUCGAAAAUAUGAAACGUGAUCCAAAUACACGAGUGGUACAGCGUCCACCACAAGAAGAUGUCGUCUACAAACAACGUGUUUUUGUAAGAUAUUUACAACCACCGACACCGCCCGUUGGUGGAACGAUCAUUGUUCGAGAAAAACAACCACCACCACCACCACCCGAUCCACCAAUUGUCAUCAAACGCGCGCCGCCCGCACCACCAACUCCACCACCUGUCAUCAUUCGCGAACGUCCACCACCAUUGCCAGCACCUGAAGGUACCACUGUGAUUGAUAAAAUUGUGCCACCUGGCCCAAAACCACAACGUCAAGUAGUGAUUGAACAAUAUCCACCCCUACCUCCCAAACCCCAAGACGUUAUUAUCGAACGAUGGCUCCCAGUGCCGCCACGACAACGACGUAUUCUCUAUGAGCGUUUACCACCUACCAGUCAAAUACAAACACGGCCUGUUAUUGUGCAAUAUGGCCCACCACAAGUUCGUGUUCAACGUGAACUUAUUACAGCACCUGGUGUUCAUCUUCCACACCAACAAAUAGGCGGUCGUACAGAUAUCAACCAACUUCUAGGCAAUCAACCAAUUCAAUCUUCAUUUCUUCCUUCUUCUCUUGUUUCUUAUAAUCCACAUACAGCGAUACAACCAAACUACGGUGGUUUAGGUCAGUCUCAACCAAAUGUUGUAAUCUUGCAAAAUGGACAACCAAACACACUUCCAUCAUCCAUCUAUGGAACACCAUUAACAUGUGUCUGUACACCAAAUCAACCUGCGGGUUUAGGAGCCUAUGGGUCAAGUGUAUCGUCGUUACCACUUGCCGGUCAAGCUUCCGGUCAAUCAGUACUUUACAAUGUCCCCGAUACAGUACCUAUCGACAACAUUCUUCGUCAACUUGGUAUUGAUCCAAAUACGAUACAACGAUCUGCCAGUUAUCCAUCAGCAGAUCCACAUACUGCUGUCUCACAUGCGUGGGAUGCUGCCUCUUAUGCGAAUCCUUUGCACACGAACCCUGCUUCUGCAGUAUCGCAUGUAUGGAACGCUGCUUCUCACGCAAAUCCUUCACAUACGAAUCCUGCUUCUGCAGUAUCACAUGUGUGGAAUGCCGCUUCUCACGCAAAUCCUUCACAUACGAAUCCUGCUUCUGCGGCUUCUAAUGUCUGGAAUGCUGCUUCUCAUGCAAAUCCUCCACACACAACAACUCCUGCUUCUGCCGUAUCACAUGUCUGGAAUGCUGCAGCACACGCCAGUGAUCAAAAUCGCCCACCUUCUCCUGCUAUAGGAAAUGCUUGGAAUCGCAUCGAAAACUAUCUUCAUCCACAAUCUACCGACCCAGUUCGAUCUGCUUGGAAUCAUAUUCCACAUCCAAGCUCACCUCCACCACCAGCGAAUUAUCCACCACCAAACUAUCCACCACCAAAUUAUCCUCCGCAAAACUAUUCUCCACCACCUCCGUCAAACUAUCCUCCGCCAAAUUAUUCGCCUCCACCUCCAUCAAACUACCCCCCAUUUCAACAACCACCACCGGCUGGCGGUGCUGGAUCUAGUGUAUUAGGUCGUCUCUUUGGAGGUGGUGCUCGAUAG